UGACUGAUUCUCAACCGUAUAUAGCAUAGCACGGUGGCAGUUGGUGUAUCUUCCAUGCACUAUACCUCUCUUCCGAGUGUUACAAAUGUUUGAAGAACAGUGAAAUCGUUCCAUGUAAGCAACAACGUUAACAGCAGAUCAUCACAUUGUGAACACCGAGCAGGCUCAGCGCGAGCUAAACCAGACGAGUUCGACAAUGCCGAUACGUCAUUAUACAUGGUUACACAUGACUUUUCACUGCUAUUACAAGUGUCACCCGCACAGACAACUCACAAUUCCGACACCUCGAAGAAGACCGUGGAUUAUAUGAAGUUCGUUGUGGCGUUGCUAACUGGCACGCGCACAGAGAAAAAUCAAGGAAGUGGCAGAAGUGUUUCCCGAGAAAGUAGCAUCUGGGGCUCCGACGUAGACUACUGUGGGGACUGUUAUGUUUACCUUUAAAGCGCUUGUCGGUUAUUUGUCGUCUUGGGUCACACACGACGAAGCUUUUCUAGCUGCAUGGAGGAAAAGUGAAACGAACCUUCGAGAUGCUACUUCCUUGUUUCCACGCCAGGGGGCGCCCUAACGCAAUGUACUGACUUAUCCGUUCCUGUACUGACUUCUUAACAGUCGAGACUUGUCAGAUAUGCAACAAGUCGACCGAAUUUUCAUUUACUCUUUAGGGUUUUUUUUUACUCCUGCUUUGAUGAUUCAGUUUGUUAUCAUUCUAUCCGGUAUUUUACCAAAUUGAUGUCAAGUCUGAGGCCAUGGUUCUCGACCGGAGUAAGGUGGUUUGCUCUCUCCGGGUCGGUGGAGAGUUCUUGCCCCAAGUGGUGGAGUUGAAGUAUCUCGAGGUCUUGUUCUCGAGUGAGGGAAAAGGGGAGCGUGAGAUUGAGGGGUUGGUACAGCGGCAGCAGUGAUGCGGUCGCUGUAUCGGACCGUCGUGGUGAAGAGGGAGCUGAGUCACAAGACGAAGCUCUCGAUCUCUACCGAUCGAUCUACGUUCCCUCCCUCACCUAUGGUCACGGGCUUUGGGUAAUGAUUGAAGGUGAUGUCAAGACUAUAAGCUUUUAGUUUGCGCUAUUUAAAUGCACAACGCUUGCUUUUAUCUGUCCUUCACUUCUAUUCACCCAUUAAACGACCUACAUAUAAAAAGAAAACUCCGAUACAAUCGGAUCUCGUAAAUGUCACAAUGUAAUAUAAAACAAAAGAAAAAAUCCGGAAUUUUUUUGUGUGCUACGUCUACUGAUAUGAUGACACAUGUUGCGUAAUGUCAUGUCAAAUACAUUUUGCUCCAGAAUUUAAAGCAUUCAUUCAGCAAAACUAUAACUGCCAAAACAAUUAAAAAGUGAAAAUAAAAUAAACAUGACCUUCGAUCACCCAAAAAUGUUAUUUCGAUUAGAAAAUGUUAUUUCGAUUAUUAGUAAACGCUUUGAAUUGAUCAUCGAUUGGCCACUUUCAUUUGGCAAUAGCUUUCUUUAUGUCCCCUGCUUUUAGGAAUAUCUCAGAAUCAGAAUCAGAAUCAGAAUCAGAAUCAGAUUUAUUGCCAUGGUCAGUGGGGAGCCCACUGACUAGGAAAGUGCCUUGGAAUAAAGUGCAUCAAAAAACAAAUAAAAUAAAAUAAAUAGAAUAGCAUUACAACAAGGCUGUUCAUGAAUUUAACAGUCUGACGGCCGAGGGAAAGAAGCUGUUCCUGUGACGGGAGGUUCUGGUCUGGAUGGACCGUAGCCUCCUGCCAGAGGGAAGAGGAACAAACAGUCUAUGUCCAGGGUGAGAAGGGUCGGCUCUGAUCCGACCUGCACGUCUCUGGGUCCUAGAGGCAUACAGGUCAUGAAGAGGUGGCAGGCUGCAACCGAUCACCUUCUCAGCAGAACGUACGAUGCGCUGCAGUCUGCUCUUGUCCCUGGAGGUGGCGCUGUUGUACCAGACAGUGAUAGAGGAGGUGAGGAUGGACUGGAUGAUGGCCGUGUAGAACUCCACCAGCAACUUCGUCGGCAGUCGUAGUUUUCGUAGCUGCCUCAGAAAGAACAUUCUCUGCUGGGCCUUCCUGAUGAGGGACCUGAUGGUUGACUCCCAUUUGAGGUCCUCAGUGAUGGUGGUUCCCAGGAAGCAGAAGGAGUCCACAAUAGGAAUGGAUAAACCAGCCAACAUGAGAGGGGACAGAGGAGCUGUUACUCUCCUGAAGUCCAUGAUCAUCUCCAUCUGAGUAAAAUGUCAAAAUUUCAGACAAAUUAAAUCGAUAUGUUGAAAUGCAGAGACCACAAUAGUAAUGAAUAAAAUAUUCAUGUUAACUCCCAGCUUUUACAUUUUUCAAACCCAAACGUUAAAAAGAACAGUGAACACGGAUGACCAGAUGGUGUCAGUAAUACGUGUGAAGCGUGUGUGACUACAGUUAAGUACUGCAGAAGAAGAAAUCCGACUGUGAGCCAAUCAGGUGUAAGGUUGCGCUACCCUCUGCGCAGGCGCACAAGAUUGCGAUCUCAUGUGUUGUGCGUCGUGUCCGGUGGAGGUCACAGACAACUGAGGUAGUCAAAUAGCAGUCAUGGCCAAAUUGUUUGAGUCAAUCGGUAAGCUUGGACUUGCCCUUGCUAUCGGUGGGGGAGUGGUGAACUCGGCCCUUUUUAACGUGGAUGCCGGGCACAGGGCUGUGAUAUUCGACAGGUUCCGCGGUGUUCAAGAUGCUGUUGUCGGGGAGGGCACACACUUCCUCAUUCCAUGGGUCCAGAAACCAAUCGUCUUUGACUGUCGUUCUCGUCCACGCAAUGUGCCCGUCAUCACAGGAAGCAAAGAUUUGCAGAAUGUCAACAUUACGUUGCGUAUCCUCUUCCGCCCUGUGACCAGUCAGCUUCCCCGCAUCUUCACCAGUAUAGGCGAGGACUAUGAUGAAAGAGUCCUCCCAUCCAUCACGACAGAGGUCCUGAAGGCAGUCGUGGCGAGGUUUGAUGCUGGCGAGCUGAUCACGCAGAGAGAGCUGGUGUCCCGGCAGGUCAGCGAGGACCUCACAGAAAGAGCCUCCACCUUUGGUCUCAUCCUGGAUGAUGUUUCACUGACGCACUUGACCUUUGGCAAAGAAUUCACUGAAGCUGUUGAGAUGAAGCAGGUGGCCCAGCAGGAGGCGGAGAGGGCCCGAUUUGUUGUAGAAAAGGCUGAGCAGCAGAAGCAGGCUGCCAUCAUUUCAGCCGAGGGUGAUUCCCAAGCUGCCUUGCUCAUUGCCAACUCGCUCAUGGAGGCCGGCGACGGUCUGGUAGAGCUGCGCAAGCUAGAAGCAGCUGAAGAAAUUGCUUUCCAGCUCUCCCGCUCCCGUAACGUCACCUAUCUGCCCUCGGGACAGGGCACGUUGCUGCAGCUGCCCCAGUGAGGACGUCAUGAUUCCCCCCUAGUUUACAGGAAAAUGUUGAAGCCCCUGUCAUUGUUCAAGAAGUUCUGCAAGCUCACAAUAAAUAUGUCUUUCUAAUUUCCAAUGAGUGAAUAGGUUUGAUGCCUCUGAGAUUAAUUUAUCAGUUCAAUCCUCACUAUCGCCAUUGAUUUGCAAUAUUA